AUGUCGCGCGCAUCAACGACUUUAUCUGACGAGUCUUUGCACCUUCAAUCUCUUUACUGCAGUUACGUCCUUCGUUGGUUCCUAACGACCCAUGUCUGGAAUGUCGGUCAGGGGGGAUGUGAGCCCACACUCAACUCGAGCGACUACCAGCCGUUGUGGGACACUGGGACUGUGUGUCCGGCUCGACCAGGGUCCGCCAUUUCCAGGCACAGCCAAGAUGCACAGAAGGGGUGCGCCCGUCAUCCCCGGACAAGGGUGCUUCAUAGGUACGUACAGCACAAGUAUUCGAAAAGACUAAUUGAGACGACAUCACCGGCAAGGGGUUCCGCUUUCACGGUGGUUCGUGGGAGAACUUUGCGCGUAAAGACCUACAGAUAG